AUGUUCCUGAGUAACCUUUGGAACAAGCGACGACCUCUUGUGGCUUUUGGCUGGGUGUUCUUCGCGAUUGUUUUAAUUUCAGUUUUAUAUUUAGUAAGAUCUAGUUUUAAGCAUCCGAAGACGGAACAGGUUAUCAGAAUUUUGUCUUUUGGCGAUUCGUUGACCGCGGGUAGCACUGGAAUACGAAGAAAACGGCAUCCAUAUUCGAUAACACUACAACAACACUUAGAUUCUCAUCAUCACACACUGCUUGGAAGGAACAUAUUACCAAUCUUCGAAGUUCACAACGCUGGGAUUCCGGGUGAAAGGGUGGUAGAUCAAAUGUUUCCACGGUUAGAAAAAAUCUUACAAGAUGCAAGAACAAAAUAUACCUGGGUGAUAAUUCUUGGGGGGACAAACGACUUGUCAAAGUACAGAAAUAGUUCUUCGAUGGGAGACUUCAAAUCUAUUUUCUACGCUUUAGUAAACCUUCACAACAUGACUCAUAGUUAUGGAGCCAGAACAGUUGCGAUCACCAUUCCCGAUAGAGAAUGCAUGGGUUCGGGAAGGUGUUAUUAUCUAAGCAGAACACAAUCAAAAGUGAACGACCUUCUCCGAGAUUUCGCCGCUCAAAACACAAACAAAGUAGUGCUUGUCGACUUGGCAAACGAGAUCCUACUUCCGCGAGAUGUAAGACUCUGGGGUGAUUAUGUGCAUUUUAAUGAGGAUGGCUACCAAAAGAUGGCACAUGCUAUUUAUAGUUCAAUGAAAGAACAUAUCUAA